GCAGGCAUCAGUGGAACGCCCACCGAUCGCUACUACAGAGCUGGAAAUGACGCCACUCUGCCCUGUGCCACUGCAUCAACCUCGAUCACAACAUGCUCCACCUUUACAUGGCUUUACAACUGCAAUCAAUAUCAGACUUUCACUGAGGUUCAGAAUGGAAAUGUUGUGAAGAGCUCAGCCCGAGCUGCCAGGCUGAGUGUGGACACUGACUGCUCUUUGGUCAUUAACAACGUAACUGCUGAGGAUGUUGGUUUCUACACCUGUCGGCAGGGGAGUAACACUUCUCAGGAUGUAGUCGUGUAUUUAAAUGUUCUGACAAUCUCUCCAUCUCAACCAGACACUGAUCCAAAGAGGGACGGUGAAGUCACAUUAGAGUGCUCUCUGUCGAGAUACAGCGACCACGGCCCUUGUCCACAGAACAGCGUCCGCUGGGUGGAUGAGACAGGAGCUGUGCUGCUUGGUGAAGGUGUCGGGUACAAGUUCCUCAGACAGACGAGCUGUGUCUCUGCUCUGACUGUGAAGCAUCAGAGUGGCAACAACAGGAAAUACACCUGCCAGUUUGUUGAUAACAACAAAGUAGAGAUAGAGGCUGACUACACACCUGACUUCACAGAAUCCACAGGCUGGUCUCCUCUGAGCUACGUCAUGUUGGCUCUGUGUAUUGCAGGACUGAUCCUGAUGAUCGUAAUCACCAUUCAUGUCAUCAGAAUCAAAUGGAACACAAAACCACUUGAUGAUGGCGACAGUGAAAACAAUGAUGGUGACGUCCAGUAUGAAAAUGAUGGAACACGUCCUGCUGCUGCGAGACUGCACUGAUCAACAACUUCCACACCAACUUCAGAUCAUCAGAAAGUCACAUAGCAUCAGUCAUUUUACACUUGUGAUCAAAGCUUUGACUUAAAAUGACUGUUCUAUAUUUAGGAUAAACUGCUCGCUCUUUUUACACCUUAAGUGAUGUAAGGAAUAUCUGUCAAACUGUUUUCUGUGCCAACAACAAGCAGAUGUUGUAUCUUCAGACUGUACUGUAAAAAAGUCACUCAUAUUGACAGCUGUAUGUCACCUUUUAUUACAGUUUAAACAGACAUUGCUAAGCUAAACACUGUAAUACUGAAACACAAAGAGGUAACUUUGUACUAACAUCACUGUAACUUUGAAGGAUACCCACUUUAUUUGUCUCAGACUGCUAUAGAGCAUCACAUCAGCCUCAGUUUAACUUCA